UAGCCAGCAGCUCGUUUGUCCACCGCACAGGUGUAUGUCUCUCUCUUUCUCUCUCUCACUCUCUCUCUGUGUGUGUGUUGACUCGUCCUUUUUUUGUGUCAAAUACCGAAAGCUCCAGAUGACAAGCUAAACGCCGGAUGACUGGAAUAUUUCCUAAAAACUGUGGGAACAACAAGAAGAAAGAAAAGCGGAGCUAAUGUCAACCAGCUGUAUGGUUAUCAUGUUGGCCCGAGCAGGACAACACAGAGAUUUGACAGUUUAUUUUUAGUCUUUUAUUUAAUUUAUCAGGCGCUCAGCUGUAGUACGAAUUGGCACCAUUAAAGCACCACUACAUUAUUAAGGCUUCAACAACCUGUGAUUGAUCCAGAUUAUCUACGGAGGGCAAAGUUCAACGACCUCCAGCCUCCUCUCCCCCCUCCACCCUUAGCUGUCACUCUACCUCUCCAUUCAUCAUCCCCCUCUCUUUGGGUCAUUCAUACGUCCAUCUCCUUUCCCCUCCACCUCCUCGUCUCCUUCUGACAUGGCCUCGGCCCAGUCGGAGCAGUCCAGCGUCCUGCAGGAGGAGCUCACCUGCCCGGUGUGUCUGGACUUGUACCGGGACCCCCAUCUUCUUCCUUGCGGCCACAACUUCUGUAAGACCUGUCUGGACCGGUUAAAGCGGCAGGCGGAGCGAGGCCGCCUACGCUGCCCGGAGUGCCGCGACAGCCACCGAUGCAGUACCAACUUUCAGAAAAACUUCAAACUCGCCAACAUCGCCGACGACUACCGCCACCGUCGCAGAGCCAGCACAGCGGCCGCUACUGCGGUAAAAUCCAGAGAGUUGCUGAAUUCUUCUCUGCCGACGCAGCAAGCCAAGAGCAUGUGUGCCGUCCCGUGUGACUACUGCCCGUCAGUCGCUGCGGAGAAGGCAUCGCCGUCGGGCAAGUCAGUCGAUGGGCCUUCUGUUUGUCAGGAAGUUGGCGAAAAGCAGGAAGCCGCCGCCGCGUCGAUGUUCGCCAUCAAGACGUGCCUGAAGUGUGAGGUGUCGAUGUGCCAGGAGCACGUCAAACCACAUCUGGAGCUGCCGGCGUUUCGUGAGCAUCCACUAACCGAACCGAUGAACGACUUCUGGAAGAGGAAGUGUCCAGAUCAUGACGAGAUAUUCAGAUACUACUGCAUGGACGACAAGAUGUGUGUGUGCAACGCCUGCACCAUCGAAGGAGGACACUCCGGACACACAAUCAAGACCCUUAAAAACACCAUGAAAGAUCUGAAGGGAACGCUGGAUAAGCAGCUGUACCGGGUUGAAAGGAAGUACAGCAUGGCAGAGAAGAAACUCCAGGAGCAGAAGGAGAAGGAGAGGCAGAAUAAGAAGUUCAUGGACGACUCGGAGCAGUGCUUGAACAGGCUCGGCGAGGAGAUGAAGGCCAAAGUUUUCCUCUUUAUCACCCGGCUGCGAGAAUGCACGCGCACCCACUGCGACACCAACGGGCCGGCGAUUCAGAAGAACAUCUCCAAGAUCUGCCAGGACCAGGCCCGCCUUCAGGAAGUCCGCUGCGGCCUCGAGAGCCUCAUGCAGGAAAACGACCCUUUCCGCUUCAUCGAGGCAUACAAGACAACAGGAAGACAGUGCCGCAGACAGUUGAGAAAAAACAUGUUCUACCCAGAAUACAUCGACAUGGAGACGGAGGUCCUCGGAGUGAUGAUGGAGGACGAAAUGAGAAAGUUCCUUGACGAGGAACUUCCGUGUCACAUCGUCGCUGCCAUUAAUUCUCUGUGCCAUCUUUCAGAUCUCGAGGAGGAAGAGGAGCAGGACGACAACGAGGAAGAGGCCGCGGAGGAAGACGACGAUGACGACGACGACCUCGACGACAGCAGCGAGGAAGAAAUGAGGAGCGAAGGAGAGGAGGAGGAAGACGAGGAGGAGGAGGAAGGACACGACCGGAGCGAGCUGGCCGACGACCUUUACAGCCCUGGGGAGGAGGAAGAGGAGGAGGAGGAGGAAGAGGUGGAGGAGGAGGAGGAGGAUGAUGACGAUGAUGACGAGGAUGGAGACGAGGAGGACGAUGAAGAGAGAGGGGUUUAAUGACAGGAUUUGUAUGUUUUUUACACCAGUUUAAGCACUUUUUGGAUUUGACUGUGGGCGAAGGAACCCAUCUUCUUUUUCUUGAAUGUCUCAUGUACAGAACCGCUGCCACACUUUGCCUCAAACCCUCUUGUGACGACACCGAGGACGACGACGAUGCUAAACUAACACGUGCACUGACAAUCCGCCGGUGUGUCUCUCUCUCUCUCUCUCUCUCCCUCUCCCUCUCCCUCUCUCUCUCUCCCUCUCUCUCUCUCUCUCUCUCCACUAAAACCUGCGUCGUGUCGCGUACUUGACUUAAACUUGACUUAAGGUGCUUUUACAUCGGAGGACUUUUGCUGUAAAACGCAUAACGUGAAUGUGAAUGUACAAUUAAAGAAAGAAUGUUUGACUGGAUGGAUUCAAAGACUUAACUUAGAAACAGAAACUUAGAAAUCGGCAAACCCUCUUGUUUGUCUCUGAUUGCCUGAUUUUUUUUUUUCUACAAAUUUACUACAAACAUUUUACAAAAUGUGAUGAAUUUGCUUGUAAAUUUUAGAUUUAAAACUACUAGAUUUAAUCUGGUUUGUUUCACAAAAUAUGUUCAGACAUAGUUUAAUUUAGUUUUCCAUUACCAUACAAAGCCUUUUGACCAGUAUCCUUGUGAACAGGCCAUAUAUAAAUAUAUAAAUAUCUAAAUAUAUAAAUAUAUAUUUCCUGAAGGAGAUGAACUGAAUCAAACACACACACAUGGUUCAUAUAAAUCUACUUGAAUGAGUCCUGUGUUUUUAAGCUAGAGUUGAACACUGGAAGCCAAAGAGUGAGGAUGUGUGUGUGUGAUACUUUUUUUUUGCUUUGAGAAUAAGUUUGUUUGCUCAGCAUGUUUUCCCCUUAGAGUUAAAAAAAGGAAAUGCAAUGUUCAAUAAAUACAACAAGUUUACAUUAGGCUAUGUAAAAAAAAAAAGA